CGCUCAUACAGACUUCAUCAGACCUCCCCCCUCCCUCCACCAUUGCUAUACUGAAAUCGUCAAUCGACUUGACCACCAAGCUCUAGGGAAUACGACACGCCAUAUAUGUACUUACUUAUGAGCUCGCUCUCCCCGCGCAUCGUCACACGGCUCUGAUCUCGUCAACCGACAUGGCAGAGAUUCGAGCAACGAGACCACCAAGCCAAUUGCUACAGCGACGCCUGAGUCAAGCACGCUUCAAUUCCAUGGAGGUGCAAGGCAUGAUGUCACCGUUCAACAUGGCCUUUCGACCGAACAACACAACAGCAUUCUCUAUGGCGUACUUUCUCGAUCAACAAAGACUGGCUAUGCAGAGCACAUCGGUUGUCCCGAGCCAGCUCAUCAAUCAUGCGAACCGGGAGAUAAACAUGCUCUACACUGAUGCCCAAGCUUUCAAUUCAUAUGCCAUGCCGCAGGAGUACAGCAACGCAACUUUUGGUUCCUUGUCCUGGCCGGUGCCGGUCAACACCAAUGUGCAACCGGUCAACCGCCCAUCGGUACUAUAUGGGGAGCGCUUUAGUAGCUCUGACAGUAGUGACACCAACAUCAAGCGGGAAGACAUGUCGCCAAUUCAGCCGUCCCAGGUAUUCUUCGAUGCUGCAGCAUAUGUUUCGAGCCCCGAAUCCCAGACAGCAACAGAUGACUCUGGGGAGACCAAGUCAGUCGUUUUCAAUACCGACAUCGAUACAUUGAUGCUGGCAAUACAGAUGAAGGCGGGAAGCUCGGAGCAGCAGACACAGACACACACGGCCAAAGCGGUAGCUCCCAUUGCAAGCAAACCCAAGAAGAGAUAUUUAUGUAACAUGACGGGUUGCGGCAAAGCGUUCUACCAAAAGACGCACCUCGAAAUUCACACACGAGCACACACCGGCAUCAAGCCUUUCGUGUGCAAGGAGCCUUCGUGUGGUCAGCGGUUCAGCCAACAUGGCAACCUCAAGACUCAUGAGCGACGACACACGGGUGAGCGGCCAUAUCACUGCGACAUCUGCGGAAAGACGUUUGCACAACAUGGCAACGUUCGGGCGCAUAAGAUUGUGCAUACUGCUGCGAAACCCUUCACAUGCAAACUUGACAACUGCAACAAGCAGUUCACACAGCUUGGCAACCUCAAGUCUCACCAGAACAAAUUCCACGUGGAGACGAUUAGACGAUUAAAGACGCGAUUCGAGACAUUCAGAGAGGGUGAUGUCGUCGAUGCAUGGGACAAGGAGAUGUGGGAGUACUUUGCUGGAUUAUACAAGAAUUGCAACAAGGGCAUCAAAGGUCGCGGCAAAGACCGAAAGAUCAGCCUGGGGCAGAUUCCGGUGCAGCGCAGAGACAGCAACGUCAGCUCCCGGUCGUCACAGGACAUCAUGACGAACGAGGGGGAGCGACAGCAUACGGGGUCGCAAGACACAGGCUAAUCCGCUGGCAGUCUGUCACGGCUCCUCGAGCUGAUGGAUUGUCUGGACGGCGUUAUGCGGCUGAGGCAGCACAUCACACGGUGUGGCCAUUGCCACGUUUGAGAUACCCCAUUUGGUGAGCGAAUUAUUGCAGUUUUUCUAUUUUAUUUUCAAUUCUAUUGACAAGCGGUGGGGGGGAAAUCAUCCGCGUCCGCCGCGCCAACACAUGUCCUGUUUUUUUCUCAUCAUCUGGAUCUCACCCGCCGGCGAGAAGCGCUGCUGCAGUCAUCAUGUGCCUUUGCGACUUGCUUUGCCACGCAUGCGGCUUGUGAGCUUUGCUUACCUACCUACCUACCCAAAACCUUCCCCUCACUCGCGAAACCUUGUUCAACAACAAAAUGCCCUCCACCGCAAGUCGAGCCCGUGUAGAAUUAGAAUUAGAAUGUACUCUGUAGUGGUAGUAGUGUACCUGAGAUAGAGAUAGAGAUAUCGAACGGGCGAGGGGGACAAUGCAUUGUACAGUA